UCAGGCGCUUGGAAUACAAAAAUUCUCGUCAAAAACUUGCUUUGUAAGAUUGCAGUCGGCGUUUGCUGACUUACCCGACACACCGUGCGGUCCUAUGGUCCAAUGUGUUUGAUCGGUCGACCAGCUCGGACGCGGUUUUCUUGUGCGGGUCCUGGUUGACGGUGAUUGAUCGCUUUUGUGGAUAACCAGCCGACAGAGGCGAAAGGUGAAAGACAGGAUGAAACGUGCGCUGAAAGGCAAUAAGCAGGAGGACGGAGGUGGCACCAGCGCCGGGUCUCAGGAGACUCUUAAACGGUCCCGCAAGCAGAGGAGGGAGAAAGAUUUUGAAGGAGAGGGAGCCCAGUGGGAGUGUCUGCCACAGGAGAUCCUGCUCCACAUCUUCCAGUAUCUGCCUCUUCUGGAUAGAGCUUACGCUUCUCAGGUGUGUCGAAGCUGGAACCAAGCUUUUCACAUGCCAGAGCUGUGGCGAUGUUUUGAGUUUGAGUUGAACCAGCCAGCUAGCUCUUACCUGAAGGCCACGCACCCAGACCUCAUCAAACAGAUCAUCAAGAGGCACGCCAACCACCUGCAGUAUGUCAGCUUCAAGGUGGACAGCAGCAGAGAUUCUGCAGAGGCGGCGUGCGACAUCCUCUCUCAGCUCGUCAAUUGCUCUUUAAAAACUUUGGGGCUCAUCUCAACAGCCAGGCCCAGCUUCAUGGAGCUGCCCAAAUCUCACUUCAUCUCAGCCCUGACGGUGGUUUUUGUCAACUCGAAAUCCCUGUCCUCCCUGAAGAUUGAUGACACCCCUGUGGACGACCCCUCCCUCAAAGUCCUGGUGGCCAAUAACAGUGACACCCUCAAGCUGCUGAAGAUGAGUAGCUGCCCUCACGUUUCACCUGCAGGCAUCCUUUGUGUGGCUGAUCAGUGUCAUGGACUAAGAGAACUAGCUCUUAACUACCAUUUGCUCAGUGACGAGCUUCUCAUCGCCCUCUCCUCCGAGAAGCACGUCCACCUGGAGCACCUUCGCAUCGACGUGAUUAGCGAGAAUCCAGGCCAACAGUUCCACAGCAUCAAGAAGAGCAGCUGGGACGCCAUGGUGCGACACUCUCCUAAAUUCAGUCUGGUCAUGUACUUCUUUCUGUACGAGGACGAGUUUGGCCCUUUCUUCCUUGAUGAAAUCCCUGUCACACAUCUGUACUUUGGACGCUCCGUCAGCAAAGACGUGCUGGGCCGCGUCGGGCUCACCUGCCCGCGCCUGGUGGAGCUCGUGGUGUGCGCCAACGGGCUGCGGCCGCUGGAUGAGGAGCUGAUUCGCAUCGCCCAACGCUGCACGCAGCUGUCUUCCAUCGGAUUGGGAGAGUGCGAGGUCUCCUGCAGCGCCUUCGUGGAGUUUGUGAAGAUGUGCGGCGAUAGACUGACACAGCUAUCCAUCAUGGAGGAGGUGCUGGUUCCAGAUCACCGCUAUGGGCUGGAUGACAUCCACUGGGAGGUAUCAAAGCAUUUAGGUCGCGUCUGGUUCCCAGACAUGAUGCCUACCUGGUAAAGCUCGGGGAGAAGUUUGUGUCCAAAAGUUUUAGUGUCUGUAUGUGUGCCACUUUGAGAACUAAAUGUAUUGCAGACGCGCCUCAUCUUUCUUUUAGUUCUUUCCCAGCCACAAACUUUACGCUAAUCUCUCUUACUGAAUGCACAAAAAAAUUACUUCUUUUUUUAUUUGAAGAAAUGAAACAUAUAGCAAUGAUUGCAACUACUUCACACCGUUUCAUGUAUAUAAUUUUAUAUUUAUAUGAUAUUUAUAUCUAAAUGUAUUUCUCACUUGUCACAAUUAGCACCUUUUGCUCUUGUCUUUGUUUAGGUGCAACAUCUUUUAGAUUGGUUAGAGGUAGUGUUCGUGCAGAAUUCAGAGGAGACAUUUUUCCAGAGGAAUAAACAGGCAUGUCAGGGCAUCCUUAAAAAAUGAAUUGACAUUUAUGUACACAGAAGUAAACACAGGAGAAUGCAUAAACAUUUUGCCAUAUCAUGAGCAGACAUUUGUACAAGUCCUCUAAAUCAGCCUUUCCGAGUCAGGCCCGUUUUUACUGGGUUGCCCCAAAGUAAAAUGCCUGAAAGUUGACAAACUAAUUAUCCUUAUUAAAAUAGAAUUGGUGUUCAUUUUUGCUACACAUGCUGUGUGGGGGGGGGCUGUCUCUCCUCCUCCUUUCCUACUCACACCGCUGGUCAGUGACGCUCUCACGGGCCCUCUGGCUUGACUGCGCGCUAUGCGGAGAGUGAGUGAAUGGUACUGUGUCCAUGAUGUCAAAGCGAAAAUAUAAAGAAGAGUUCAUAAACCAAAGCCUUUUAAAAUGCAGAGGGAGAGGCCUCUGUGUUUUAUGAGGCGAGGUGCUCAGUACGGUCAUUAAAGCUGAAGCUCAAAACGAAGCAUCUGCAGCAGCGAGGAAAGUCAAAAUGAUUGUUCCUGUGAAAAGAAGAGGUUCAAGAAACAGUAUUUUGAUAUAGGAAAAGUAGCCCAAGUAACGUUAAGUCAUUUUAAUGGACGCAAGAACGCACAUUUGAACUCAGUUUGCCAUUCAUAUCCGCAUGAUUUCAUGUGAAUGCAGCUGACUGAUUAGAAACAUGUUUGUACCUUAACAAUUAGAGAGAGAGAUGGGAAAGAGGGCGUUAGAAAGAUGUUGGGUUGUGUGUGUGUGUGAGUGUGUGAGUGUGACUAUGUGGUAAAGACCAGUGAGAGUGGUAACUUUUUAAAGAUAAUAUCCUCUCUCAUCAACCAGACAUUUAAAGGGAACAGACUCGAGCAUUAGUUCAUAUUUAAAGAUGUUAUGGCAGUACAUGAUGUAUUUCUGUCAGUUUGGAUCCCUGCACAUUUCUCCAUUGGGUUUAAGCUGAAAAAGCUUGGGAGCCCCUGCUCUGAAUAAACAUCAGCAAUGUUAAACCUUAAGAGUUUGAAGACGGUAUAAAAGUAUAACUUUACUUAACACGUCGAGCGCUGACUCAGUCUGACUAUAUCAGAAACAUUUACACAUGGACUGGAUAGUUCGUCAGAAAACUUCAUUGAGGGUUUCAUGUCUAAGUUAUGAGUUUUUGUCUCCUGUCAUAGUUUUGGUGUUUGAUGGAUAUUUGUCUCUGUUUGAUAUCUUUAGAGUGUGUGUCCUAGUCACAGCAUCUUAUUUUGAAAAACAGCAACAACAGCACUGCCUCUUCCUCUGUCCUGUCACUUUAACAGGAUUAAAGCUAAAGGCAGUUUCACACUCCUGCUAAUAGUGAAGGUGCUGCUCUUAUAAUCAUCUUAGCCUGUAUGUACUGUACAUAUGAAUGAAUGUAUAUUUACAUAAAGGGUGUUGUUUUAACAUGCUUUUGUGUUUCAUGUACAGCAGCUAUAUUUCUGCAUUGCCUGACCCAUGUUUGGAAUGUAAUUCUUAAUAUCUAUAUUUCAAUCACUUUCUAUCUGUAGAGCAUUAAAUAACAAGAGUUAUCUGGUGACACUUUACACACAGAGCAGGUCUAGACCAUACUCUUUCUAUAUUCUUAUUGACUGACGCACUUAUUUUCAUGAAGGACCCACGUUUAACAAAAUGAACUGCAAAGUCACAUGAGGAUGAAACAGAUUUUAUAGCAUAGUAUUUGUAGAUGUUGAUCGUUUUCAGUUUAUCUGUCAGUUUAAUAAGUCACCUUGAAUAUGACGGUGGACUUUUUCAUUUGUGACUUUGGACAAACUCAAGCUGCUUGUAAGCACAAACGUUCAACACGCUAAGCCAAUAGUUUACCAGAGAAAUAUUUAUUGUUGUUUAGCUUUUAUAAUGUACUUUGUGUGAAUGUACUUUAGCUGCAAAAUAAAUCAAUAAAUACGUGGAGGAUGCCCCAUGAUGAGAAAAUGCAUGGAUGUUCAAGUGUGGACAAAAAUGAGUAAUGUUCACUGAUGCUUUUGAAAACAUAGAAGAGAGGCUCAUAGUUUCACUUACAGCGACGUCUUCUUUAUCUUUAAAGAGCAGUUUUUGUGUGACUUUAACUGAAGUUUCCAUGGCAACAUGAUUAAAGCCAGACAAAUGUAAAUGUUACUGCACGUCGGCAUAUUUGAAGUAUUACUCUCUAAGCCUAUCAUCCAGAAACAAUUAACAUGGCCUUAAAUAAGGAUCUUUAUUUUCAACUGUAGUUCAUGGUGGGCUUUUAUUGUUUGUCCUCGGUCAUAUUUAUCUCUUGGAUUAAAAAAAAAGAAGUAGGUGCACAUCAUCCAGAAACUGUGGUGUUAAUGUAAUUGAUAAUUAAAAAAAAAUGUAAAUACAUGCUGUUAAUGAGAUUAUUGUGGAGCAGUAGACAGGAGAGUGUGUGGCAGCUGAAUGUUGAUGUAAAUGUGUAGGUAUCAAAGUUGAUGUCUGACUGUGCUGAAGAUAACACCCUUGGACUUGUGCAAUGAAAGAGACUGGAAAUCAUUAUUUGGUAAAAAAUGUAUGAUGGUUUUACAGGCUUCGUAUACACAUCCCCUUCUUUCUUUUUACAAAUGUUGAUUUUUAAAAAAAAGAAAAAAGGCUUUGAUUCACAACAAUAUUUCUUCUGUUGUCUCCCUCUAAUUUGUACCCAUCAUGUCUUAAUCGUAUGUGUUGGACUUUAUCCUUUAAUUGUCAGAGCUUCUUUUUUUGUAUUUAUAAAACCAAGCCCCCUGCUGGUUUAUAUUUAUUGCAUUUGUAUUCAAUGCGUAUAGAUGGGUAGUGUACCAUUCAAAGAAAGGCUUAGUAAGGCCUGCUGUUUUUAUAUAAAGAGUACAGUGGCAUGGUGUUUUGAUUUCAGCUCAACAAGGCCGCUCUGUACCGAUCAGAUUUAUUGGACGGUAACCUGCUUGUACUUUUUCCAAAGAUGUGUGAUAUUUGAGUAAAGUUCAUAGCCACAUUACAAAAGUCUGUGUUUCUCUAUUCUCGACCUGUUUAAGAAUGCUUUUGUUGCCUUGUGCACUCCUCUUAUCAUUUGUCUAACACUAUGCAAAAUAUGUUUUGUCUAUUUGUUUAUGGUUAACAAUAGACACAUUUAGCUGGUGUAAAUUGGUAAAAAAAAAAAAAACGUCAGCUCAAGGCAGGACAGAUGUGAAAUUAGCCAGUCAAAAGGUUUAGACUCUAAAGCUCUAAACUGUGUUGGAAAUGGGCCAUUAAGGAGAAAAAGGUAUGGAUGCAAUAAAAUGCAAGUAAAUGUUAUUUAUACUGCACUUACCUCGAAGCAAAGUGCUUAGAAGAAAAGGUAUAUAAACGAGUGCAAAACUGAGGACAUAAAAACAGACACAAGCAAGAGAGGACACAUUCAAAUAAUAGCUCCAUUAAGUGAAAUCAGAUAAAAGAUAUAACUUGAGCGCUGUCUUCUCUUCCACCCACAGCUCAUUAAUUUUUUAAGUCUUUAAGGAUUUAAAAGGCCAAUAAGUGAUAUUUCUUAAAUAGGAAAUGUGCUGGAAGAGCUUCAGGUAUUGACAAAGAGCUGAUGAAGUUAGAUAGGUGGUGCUACUUAAAUCCAUGUGCUUUAUUGUUUCAAACACAAAAGUUUUACAAAGGACAUCAGCCGUCAUCAGGUUUUACAGCUUUGUUUGCAGAGCGUUCACACAAAAAGAAAUCGUAUUUUUAAUUAUGAUCCCUUCAUAUUUGAAUGUCAAUUAAACGUCAGCUGUAAAAGCUAAGAUCAUGAAAAGAACAUGAAGUGAAUGAAGAAAUAAGUUUAUUUGGUAUCUUUGUUGGUGAAGUAAAGUGAUUGAGGUGCUACGUUAAAAAGAGGCAUCACUUUGGCUCUUUUAUUGCACUAAUAAAGUAUCGUUUAUUAAUGAACCUUUUCACUCUUGAUAAAGUAAUGAAGCAUCUAUGUGACCUUAGUCUUUGAGGUCAGUACUUUUCUAGAUUAGGUGUCCGAGGUCUUUGGCUGGGAAGAAACAUUUCUUAUUUGACAAUCACAAACUGUCCUUUUUUGCUGCUGUUAGUUUGAAAAAUGUUGCUAUAUCUUUUUCUAAACUGUCCUUAGAAUACAGAGUGAAUUCAGUCAAUUUUACUGUGUGGGCCUACAGGGCUCUUAAAUCAACAGCAAUACCCUAGUGUGUGUGUGUGUGUGUGUGUGUGUGUGUGUGUGUGUGUGUGCGCACUCCUGGUAGAGAGGCAAACAAGAGUGUUUUGAGAAUCAGUUUAACCCACACAAAUGACGUUAUGUAGCCAAGAAACUUAAUUUGUGGCAGUUAUUUUAUAAUUUUAUAAUGAAAUCUCUUCAGAGAGCCUAUUCACCUGACAUGAUAAUAUGAUAUAUUGCCUCACAUACAUUUUUAUUAUUAACGUUUGGACCUUUCAGUCAAAUUUAGCUGAUGUACGUGAAUUGUGCAUAAACUGUGGUGCUGCCUAUUAAUCCAUCACCCCUAUGUUUAGCAUUAAAAUACAUUCCUGGGAGUAUUA